GGAGAAGAGACCAGGAGGAGUGGAGUACAGAACGGAGAGCCUUAAAUUGCCUUUCAACACAGACACGCGGAACGCCAAGCUUCUAUGCAAAAGGCGAUGCUGGAUACGAAAAUGGAGAGAAAUGCCCUUACCUGUCGUUUCAGCAAUAAUAAUAUAGCACGCGCCCUUUAUAAAAGUAACUGAUAUCGCAUAAAAACAGGGAAACGGAACGGGGGAGAGAGCAGCGGCGAACUAUGCACUGAGGAUGAUUUCUGCCAGAAAAACUCCGGAGAAGAGUCGCUACCACCUGCAUUAUCUGGUGUGGCAUAACAAACACCGGCAGCUGGAGAAAGAGCUCUCAGCGCGCGAGCAGGUUGAUUUAGAAGUGUUGGACCCACGGGGCCGGACUCCUUUGCACCUGGCCGUCACACUAGGCCAUUUCGAGUGCGCCCAUCUGCUAGUCCAGCAUGGAGCCGAUGUCAGCAAAGAAAACAGAAAUGGCUGGACAGUGUUGCAGGAGGCCAUCAGCACACGUAACCCGGAGAUGGUGCGGUUGGUGCUGCGUUACCGUGACUACCAGCGCAACACUAAGAGACUGGCAGGGAUCCCGCACCUGUUAGAGAGACUCCGACAGGUGCAAGACUUUUACGUGGAGAUGAAAUGGGAGUUUACGAGUUGGGUUCCUCUCGUGUCUCGUAUCUGUCCGAGUGACACAUAUCGGGUAUGGAAGAGUGGUCAGUGUUUGCGGGUGGACACGACGCUCAUGGGAUUUGAGCAAAUGACCUGGCAAAGAGGCAAUCGCAGCUUCAUAUUCAGGGGUCAAGACUCCAGCGCUAUGGUAAUGGAAGUGGAUCAUGACAGACAGCUGGUGUUUUGUGAGACGCUGCCUUGCCUCUCUUCCUCUCCCGCCUCACCCUCCACCAGGCCGUGCACAACUGCUUUGAGCCUUCUGGGGGAGCUGCAACCUAGCGACGAACAGGUGGCGGCCCGUCUAUCCACUCCCGUGGUGGCCACACAGCUAGACACAAGGAACAUCUCCUUUGAGAGGAAUAAAACGGGCAUUCUUGGCUGGCGUAGUGAGAAAACGGAGGUGGUGAAUGGGUACGAAGCAAAGGUUUACUGUGCUUCUAAUGUUGAGCUAAUCACACGAACACGUACUGACCAUCUCACCGACCAGCAUAAAACAAAACCCAAAGGCGGCAAGACUCCUCUACAAUCCUUCCUGGGUAUCGCUGAACAGCACAUAGGGCCUAACAACGGACACACUAUGGUGACUCAGAUAUCAUGCCCUGCAACGAACCCUUUGGCCGUGACGGCUGAGGAGUACUUUAGUCCCAACAUGAGUCAGAGAGACAUCGGCCAGCCCUGUCACCUCACCACCAAAACACAAAGGUUCAAAGCCAAGAUGUGGUUGUGUGAAUCACACCCUUUAUCUCUGUCGGAGCAGGUAGCUCCUAUCAUCGACCUCAUGGCCAUCUCCAACACACUGUUCGCCAAGCUUAGGGACUUCAUCACCUUACGCCUACCUCCUGGCUUCCCUGUCAAGAUAGAAAUUCCCAUCUACCACAUCCUGAAUGCUCGCAUCACCUUUGGGAACCUGAAUGGUUGCGAAGAGGGUGGUUUGCCCCGAGUGGAUGCUGAAGGGGACGGACAGAAGGACAGUCCCAGGACGGAGACGCCUUCUCCAGGCAGCGACUCUUCCAGCGUGUCCAGCUCCAGCUCCACAAACUCAUGUCGUGGAGGAGAGAUCCCACCUUGUGUGUUUGAGGCUCCGCGAGGCUACAGCAUUUUAAGAGGGAACCAGCGGGAGAACAUUAGAGAAGAGGAAGAUGAUCUGCUACAGUACGCCAUCCAGCAGAGCCUGAUAGAGGCUGGAUCAGAAUAUGACCAGGUGACAAUCUGGGAGGCUUUGACCAACAGUAAACCAGGAGCACAGCCUCUGUCCUGUGACCCCAACCGGCACGAAAGAACCCCACAGCACAAACCCAGCCCCGUGGAGAGCCCUCGCAGCACACCGACCAAUAAACCACCGCGCAGCUACGACGAGCAGCUGCGUCUAGCCAUGGCGCUGUCCGCCCGUGAACAGGAAGAGAUGGAGCUACGUCAAAGACGAGAGGAAGAGGAACUGCAGCGUAUCAUACAGCUGUCACUCAUGGAGAAGUGAUAGGGCUAGUGGGAACCGAGGGGUGGGAGAGCAUGUCUAGGGAUCUGGAACUAACUACGAUUGGCCACUCCCAAAUGCCCCACCCCUUCUUCCAAAGAACUGGAUAAAAUGGGCCACUCUAUGGUCCCAUCUGAGUCGUUCAGAAUCACAGAGAAACCUCUGUCUUCACUGCAAGUUUACAAACACAAAGUACCAAACUCAUGGCAAGCCACUGACUGAUCAGCACCGGUCUGGUCUCCUAAUGUGUGAAUGUGCAUUUAUGACUGAGACAGUCCACGCUGCGUAUCUUGGCGUCGUUUCAAAAAGCCAUCAUCUGAGCACUUGCCUAGAGUUCUCACAGACUCACCCAUAGGUGUGAGUUCUGGGGGAUUCUUGUCACUUUUUUCAGUUUUAUGUUUUGAACGUAAAGUACUUUAAUUUGGUUGUUAAUACACUUCAGAUUUCCUGCACUUGGAUUGAGGAGCCAUGAUGUCUCCUAAUAGAAAGAGAGAGGGCGCUUACACACAAAAGUUCAAGCUGCAACUCCAUCCGUCUUGAUGGGAAUGCUGCAUUCAAAAAACAUACAAAGAUUUGCAAAAGUGACACUUCCAUUAUACAACCAAAGUUGUUUAAUUACAUCUUUUGGUUAAUGUCAUUGCGUUAAUCGCUGUACUUUGAGGAUCUCAGACAGGAGGGUCUUCAAAAAAUUUAUUUUGAUGUAUUCCCAUUUGAUUCUGAAACUAAAGACCUGUUCACACUAGCGUGAAUGUUCGGCAUGAAAAUUUGUCUGUUCAGACCAAUGCAAAAAAAAAGAUGCGUUAAAUGAAAAUGAAAGUAGGUGGUGAUUAUGGAAAAGCAGAAAUAACCGGGUACAGGGGAGCAGUGAUGCGUAAUUUUGAAUUUUCGACAACUGCCUGUCAUGGAAGUUUUAGAGAAGGUGCUCGCUGCUUGGCGUCAAGCUCCACCACUCUGGGUGUAAUAGGUGGGACUUUAAAGUCUAACCACACCCUAACCCUAACCAUAACUAGGUCGAGCUCCACCCAUUUGACCCUGCAGUGACCACCGCUUGGAGAUUUGUGCAACAGCAGUGGCCCCAGGCACAUUACCAAAAGCGUGAAUCUUGGUUGGCCAUAGUAGCAUGAUGGAAAAGAGAUUAGAAUAUCUCUCUUUAAAUAUAUAUAUAUAUAUAUAUAUAUAUAUAUAUAGGAUAUUAACAGCCAUUUGCUCACAGUCAAAUUUCUUUCUAACCCUAAAAACGGAUUUGGCGCAAUCCUGUCAGUACACUUUUUCUAGUGUGUAAGCGCCCUAAAGUGACCACCAAACUGCGUUAUGACAGAAGGUUGGCAGCAACCCUCUGUGCACUGUUAACUGCAUGAUUUUUAAUUAUUAGCCAGAUUGAUAAUUCAAACACUGGAGAAAUUAUUGUACGUUAAUGGUUCACUUUUUUCAGGUAAAUUGAAGUUUAUGACUAAAUGAUUCCUUUGAAUCUGAAUCAAAUGCUCAUUGCAAUAUUCAUUAUUUGUGUCCUAAAUGCACUUUUCACAAAAACAACACAUUAUUCGCAUACAACAGUGUGUGUGCUCUACUUCAAAUGGUGCUAAGUUGAUCUUUCAUAUUAACUCGUGGGUAUGUUAAUCAGCGUAAUUGUCACGACAUGCAUUCAUCCGUCUGUUCAAUCACUUGACAACGUUUCUUUCCUGGCCUCCAUUUAGAGCUUCCUUCAACAUUACCAUCAGAGCUCAUUGUCUCAUGACUGGAACACCUGCGGUAGCUAAUCAAAAAUCUAAUUGUGCUUUCAUAAGGGGUGCCAGUUCUGGAAUAAAACAUGAAAGGAGGAAUCACUCACAGAGAUAAUGCCCUGAGCGAAGACGAAGCGGAACGUUUUAUUGGAGAAUCUUAAAAUAGAUGUUUCUCCUUAGUCAGAUUUAUUCUGGGCCUGAGUGACGUGCCCUCAGGGUUUGAUGUUAUCAGGUGAAUCUGAAAAACAAAUUAGGAAACAUGGCCAUACUCAACAUCUGAAAAGCUUCAACGUUAAAGCACAAGGGAUUAAGCGUCAGUUUUCAAAGAUCUGAUGAAGGUGUCUGGAGACAAGAGCUCCUAAAAAACACAUAGGUUUGAUCUUCUGAUUGUGCGACUCAUGAAUGCUGGGUUCAGUCAUUAAGAGAUGCUUGAUAUGACAGGAAAACAUUAUAUGAGCAUUAUUUAUAUUUAACCUUUUUUAUUUUUUGACUUUGGUUGAUGCUGUGAUUUGUGUGGUGUGCUGCUGUUGUGUUUGUAUGUGACUGAAAUAUAUUGUUCACAUUUGUAACUUAAAGGCAUUCUGAAUAAAGGAUAUCUAAAUUAACA